GUAGCUUCAUUUCUACUUUAAAUGUUUAUUCAAUACUCAAGUAAACACCAGUUUCUUGGCAGUGAUCGUUUCAAGAACAAUGAGUUCUUGUUUGUAAUUAGUUUAACUUCGGUGAAUAUUCUAAUAUUCAAGUAAAAUCAAAGUUGCAUUAAAAUGACUUUCUCAUUGAAAAUUCAACUCGACAGUGUGCGACCUCGAAAAAAUGCUAAGUUCGGUUGGUAUUGGCCACCAAUAAUUUGUGUAGCUUGGUUCGCAAUCUUCUACGCUGCCGUCAUACCAAGUUACUUUGCCUACCCCAAAAUUCUUCUAACCAAAGAUGAACAUCGCCAUCCGGAAGAAUUUAUUGGUGAAAGAUCAGAAUUACAACUUUUGGCAUUGUCAAAUAUUGGAGUUAAAUUAGCUGGAACUCCUGAACACGAAAAAGCUGUUGAAUUUCUUCUCCAGCAAAUCGAACUGGUUCAAAAAAAUGCUCGAUAUGAUUUGUAUGAUAUUGAAGUCGAUGUACAAGCAUCGUCGGGACAGUUUCUACUUUGGAAAAUGGUAACAAUUUAUCAUAAUGUCCAGAAUGUCAUUGUUAAGUUGAGUCCGAAGAAUACAAAUAGUACAUCGUACUUAUUGGUGAAUAGUCAUUUUGAUUCAGAAGUGGGAUCGCCAGCUGCUGGUGAUGCUGGAGUUAUGAUAACCACCAUGCUUGAAACUUUAAGGGUGAUUUCGAUAUCGGAGUUUCCUCUUAAGAAUCCAAUAGUGUUUUUGUUCAACGGAGCAGAGGAGAACAAACUUCUAGGUUCACAUGGGUUCAUAACACAACACAAGUGGGCAGAAAAUGUUAAGGCUGUGAUCAACCUUGACUCUGCCGGAUCUGGUGGUCGAGAAGUUCUUUUCCAAUCUGGACCUGGACAUCCUUGGCUGACAAAAUACUAUGGAAAAUACAUCCCGCAUCCUUUUGCAUCGACCAUGGCUGAGGAACUCUUCCAGAAUAACUUCAUUCCAUCCGAUACUGAUUUUCGAAUAUUCCGUGAUCAUAAAGGUGUUCCUGGCUUUGAUAUGGCCCACAGUAACAAUGGCUACGUCUAUCAUACGAAAUUCGAUCGUUUUAAUAUAAUUCCUCAAGGAACUUAUCAAACAACUGGAGAAAAUGUUCUAGCACUGACAAGGGCUUUGGCUAAUGCACCUGAAUUGGAAGAUCCAUCUAAACACGCAGCUGGUCAUACUGUUUUCUAUGAUUAUCUUGGUUGGUUUACUGUUCACUAUACAGAGGGAGCUGGUGUUGCGAUAAAUCUUGUUGUGUCUCUUGUGGCAUUUCUAAGCAUUGGAGUCUCAGUUUGGAUGAUGCUGAAAGAAAAAGCCUACGAACCCAAAGACUGUUUGAUGAGAUUUGUUCAGAUCUUUGGAGUUCAACUUUUGACAGUGAUUCUUGGAAUUGGUCUGACAAUUCUUGUUGGAAUGUUAGUUCGUGCUUUGGGUCUAUCGAUGUCAUGGUAUAAAGAUUCAUGGAUGCUUUUUGGAAUAUAUUUUUGUCCUAUGUUCUUUGUUAUGGGAAUUAUUCCUGCAUUUUAUUUGGGAUGGACAAAGAAAAAUACUGUGAUUACUCUCCGACACUCGGUAUUCAUGUUCUUGCAUUCUCAAGCUAUCAUUUUAAGCCUCAUAACUAUUCUGAUGACGUCAUUUUCUAUUCGUUCAGCAUUUUUACCAAUGGUUGGAGUAUUUUUCUACACAAGUUCUGUCAUUUUGAGUAUCAUAGCAUACAUCAUCUGUAAAUGGAAGCCCAUGUGGUUUCCAAUUCAUUUAAUUUGCAAUAUUCCUUCAUUUUGGUUCUAUUCCUAUGUGACAUUUACAUUUUGUCAUGUUUUUGUUGCAAUGCAAGGACGAGAUGGACCUAAUAGUAACCCAGAGCUUUUUAUAAGUGGAGUUGUUUCAGUUUUGGCACUUCAUAUUGGUGGAUUUGUGGUUCCACUUUUCCACUACUUCCGGAAGCCAAAGUUAUUUUUCUCAUCGUUUCUUGUUAUAACAUUGAUAUUCUUCAUUUUUGCCUUUUCACCUAUUGGCUUUCCAUUUGAAAAGGAUGUCAGUGCAAAACGGUUCUACGUUAUCCACACUAAUCGAGUGUUCCGCAAUUAUGGCGGUGAAGUUGCCCGAAAUGAGUCUGGUUAUUAUGUCCAGCCUGUUGAUCCACGAGAUGUCAACUUAGAUGACUCCGUGUUUAAGGGGGCAAUGCCAUUGAGUUACACCCAAGAGAACUGUCACAAUGAAUUAUACUGCGGACUUCCAUUGUCAAGCACUCGUUGGAAGGACUGGAAUUAUUACAGUCGAUGGGUACCAUCUGGACGGCCUAAAAUUACCGAAACCGUAAAUCUUAAACUCAAGGCGAAAACAUUUCUAACACCGACAAAAGUUCGCUUUGAAUUCACCCUCAGCGGACCUGAUCGAACGGUGGUGUAUAUUGGCCCCCUGGAAGGUGUUAAAGUCACCGAUUGGUCCUUCAACCGAACACCGUUGGAAGAUGCUAAAUAUAAACCACCAUAUUUUAUCUAUACAACUUACUCCAAAGAGCUUAUUCCAUUGAAUUUCUGGAUCGAAUUGGAGCGCUCGAAUGAAUUGUGGGAAGGACCGACUUUUAAGUUGGCUGUGGGGGGACAUUUGAUGCAUCAUGAAAAGCAUUACACAAAAGAAUAUAAAAAGUAUUUAGCUAGCUUUCCCGAAUGGGUGUAUCCAACGGCUUGGGUUGCAUCACACGAAAGCUGGCAAUUUUAGUUUUGAUUUAAGUUUUUUGUUUUAUUUAUUUUAAUUCUUAGUAAACAUUUAUUUUACGUUUGGAAAAUAAAUUAAAAAUUAAGGAAAUAA